ACUGUGGCCCUGAGCACUGUAUAGCAGCCCUGCAAUGGGAGCCAUUAUCUUGUCCCUUUGACAGAGGAGGAAACUAAGGCACAGGGAGGUGAAGUAGCUGCCCCCAGUAGUGCCUCCUCGCUUACUCACCACCCCCUGUACCACAGUGCAGCCGCUUCUCCCACCAGCUGGGGUUCCUUGGGCCCCCAAGCCUGGGAAGGGGGAGGUGAGUUUACAAAGUGGAGAACUUAAAAGGAGAAAAGCGGAACCAGAGGUUUGAGAAGCCCUGAGUGGUAGAGUAAGGCCUCCAGCGCUGCCUCUGGGUGCAGGGCAGAGUGGCACAGUGAAGGGGGAGAGGCACGGGGCACCGUGGGGGCCCAAUUCCUACUUUGGGGAUCUCUCUGACAGAGCCGAGGGUCCCCUUCGUGGGGGUAGAUGCCCAGGGCUAGCCGUUCCCACUGUCUGUGUGGACCUGAGUCCUGGACAUUCCCGAGUGACUCAGGAGCGGCUGCUUGGGCGGGCUCGGGCACCCCAGGAUGUUAUACAUUCUGGGAACUGGACAGGAGCGGCUGCUUGGGCGGGCUCGGGCACCCCAGGAUGUUAUACAUUCUGGGAACUGGACAGGAGCGGCUGCUUGGGCGGGCUCGGGCACCCCAGGAUGUUAUACAUUCUGGGAACUGGACAGGAGCGGCUGCUUGGGCGGGCUCUGGCAUCCUAGGAACAUUCUGGGAACUGGAAUCAGUCACUAAAGAAAUUGUAGCUGUAGGUGGUGACCCUGGGGUGGGACCUGGGGACAUGGCUGGGUCAGCAUGGGGACACCUGGCUCCAGCAGGGGCUCUGGUCUGUCCUGGGGUCUUUGGGGCCAGGGCUGCGGCCCUGGGCAGGCUUCCUCCAGGCAGAGGUCCUGGGGAAGUGGGGGAGCCAGGCCGGCUGCCGCCUCCCUCCCUGUGUAGCCUCUAAUUUGUCAUCUCCCAUGAAGGCGAUUUGGUUCAUAAUUCUGAAACUCUGAAGAAAGUCGAAAGAAGCAGAGAGGCCCUCGGUGGAUACGCCGAGCUUUUCUGCCGGUGCUUUGUCCCACUACUCUGGGUGGCCUGUGCUCCUCUUCGAGCCUCAGUUCGCGGGGAGGGCCUGAAUCUGCCAGCUCCUCUCAGGAUCUCCUUCUCUCUGGGCCCUCCCCAGCCUUAAGGAGCCUCCCAGACAGAAGGGUGGACAGAGCCACCUGGGCAGCCCAAGAGACACGCGGGAGUCCUCCUGUGGACAGCCCUGCCAGCUUCCGCCCAGCCCCAAGCUUCAUUUGCAUCUUGAGGAGUAAGGGGUGGUGAAAUGGGAAUGCUGGUCUGACUCAGCUGGUCGUGGGCAUAAGUGCCGGCUGGAUGGAUGGCAUCUCUUCCUCCUGUCUUAUGUCCUGGGGUCCAGGUGCUUCCCAGGGCCAUGCCCCUGCUGCUAUUGCUUGCCCUAACCCUCACCCUAACCAGGACAUAGACUUCCACCCGCAGGCCACUCUCUCCCUGGCCCACCAUGUACCCAGCACCCAGGAGAGCUCCAGUGUUGUCUCACCAAGCCAUGAAUAAAUCAACAGAUUCACGUUGUCUGUGCUUCUCUCCAGCCCCACUGCCUUGGCCUGAGCUCAGGCCUCGCCUUUCCAGCCUGGCUGGGCUGGCACUCCAGGCUCCAUGCAACCACACUCCCAUCUACCCUACCUGGUCCAGGCCCUGGGCUUUUCUUGCCUCCAGGCCUGACCUGUCCUUGGAGCCAGGCACAGGGAGGGAGACAGGCAGGGCUCCUGGGGCUUGCUGAGAAUUGCCCCCAGUUCCGUGGGAGAGAGGCCAGCACCCCCGAGGGGCAGACAAGCCCCUGGGGAAGGCUAGGGGUGCAGAGUAAGGGAGGCGAGAACCCCCCAGGACCCCAUCCCACCAUCUCUGAUUUCUCAGGCUACCUGGUUCCUGACCCCAGCUUCUCGACUGCCCCAGGAAGGAGGACCUGCAUCUGCCAGCCCCUCUCUCAGGAUCUCCCUUCUCCUGGGCCCACCUCCCAGCCAUAAGGAGCCCCCUAGACAGAGGGGUGGACAGAAGCCAUGUGGGCAGCCCAAGAGACACACAGGGGUCCCCGGGUUGGCAGGGCUAACUGGUUACGGACAGGUCCUUUGGGGCCCCAGCCCCUCACCAGCCUCUGGAGGAACAGCCGAUGGCUCCCGCUCUCCAGGGUGUCCCUCCUGGGCUCUUACCUUAUCCUUGGGGCCCCUUUUAGUACCAAGGGCCUUUCUGUCCCCCGACUCCUGUGCACAGAUCCUGGAGCAUCAGUCACAGCAUGACAAUGGCCGUGGUUCCUUGUUCAAAUGACAGACGACGGAGAGGCGGCUCACAGCCACGCUCCCUCUGCGCUCUCCCAGCCCUGGGGGGGUCAGGAUGGGAAAGUUCUGACUUCUUUGGAGGAGGUCUUGUCAUUGAACUCACUCUAGGGUGGGAGUACGGGUGAAGACCUCUGGCUUACACCCAGCCCUGAGCUUCAUGUGCAUUUUGAGGUGUAAGGGGUGGGCUGGGUGCUGGUGCCUGAGGCCCUCCCUCCUUCCCACCAGACCUUCCUUCCCAGCUGCUGAGGGAGACCGGCCUAUGGCCGUCGCCUGCCUGGUGCCAGGCCUUCCUUCCCAGCUGCUGAGGGAGAGUGGCCUGUGGCCGUCGCCUGCCUGUUGCCAGGCCAUUUUAUGGGAUCCUCAGUCCUGUCAACCAGGGCUGUCCUGCUUUACCGACAAGAAGAGAUCGCUCAUGAGAUUACACAGGCCCGCCUGGAGGCCUAACCAGCAAGCUUUGGGGCCAGGUUGGCCCCUAUCGCCUGGACCCCAGCCCGGCUCCUUGGCUGAGCCCAGCUGCCCGGUGACUCAGACCCACAGAGUCUGCUGAGCGGGCAAGGGCCAGGGCGGGGUGCCAGCAGGUAUAAGGCAGCCGGCCAGGGUGCUGACAGCCCGACCUCACCAGGAGAACAUGCAGUUCCACACUGGGCUCCUGCUGGCCGCCGUCCUGAGCCUACAGUUGGCUGCAGCCCAAGCCUUGUGGUGUCACCAGUGCACGGGCUUCGGAGGGUGCUCCCGUGGAUCCAGAUGCCCAAGGGACUCCACUCACUGCGUCACUACUGCCACCCGGGUCCUCAGCAACAUCGAGAACUUGCCUCUGGUCACCAAGAUGUGCCACACGGGCUGCCCCGAUAUCCCCAGCCUGGGCCUGGGCCCCUACGUAUCCAUUGCUUGCUGCCAGACCAGCCUCUGCAACCAUGACUGACGACUGCCCUCCCCCAGGCCCCGGGACACUCAGCCCCCACAGCCCUCACGGCCUGGCGCCAGGGCUCACGGCCGCCCCUCCCUCGAGCCUGGCCAGCCCACAUCUCCCGGCCUCUGCAGCCACCAUCCAGCAUCACUUGUCCUCGGGAAGUCCUGUGUGGAGUCUUGUCUAAAUCUGCUGCUGUCCAAGCCUGGGGCCCGUCGUGCCUGCCACCCCUUCAGUUCCCAACCUCCCCCAAAUAAAAUAUGAUUGGAUCAUGUGGCACAAGCUA